CAAUAGUAGUCAUCAUUUUGUGCAUCAAUUUCAAAACCCUCUUUCAACCAACCUAUCGGCUAUCACUCCAAAUAAUACUUAAAAAUUAAAAAUAAACAAAAUAAAACAAAAAGAAAAAAUCUGCCAAUCAUAAAACGUACUGCUUCUGACGGUUUCAUUGCUUUGCAGCGCCGGUUAGUCCUUAGUCUUCUCCACUUUCCCCCUUUCUCCGCCGCAGAAAGGCCAAAAAAAGCCCUAAUCUCUCACACAGUCACACACACUAUCCCCACAAGCCGUGCGAGCCCUGAGUUUCGCCGGCAUUUUUCCGCCGCAUGUGCCUCGCACAGCUUCGGCGGUGUUCUUAUUAGCGUGCGUCCUCUGAGUGUGUUCCCUGUCGGGCGGAGAAAAUGGAGAAGCUUCUGGACGAUUUGAGCGAGCGAACCAAUGUCGCGGAGAACGUGGUGAAACUUCUCCAGCGGAGCUUCUCAGAGAUCGAGUCCAGGCAGAGGAAUCUGGACUUGGCCCGGGAGUCGGUGGUGGAGAGGAUGAUGGAGAUCGAGUUCCUCAGGGAGUCGUACGACAAGGGGCUCAAGGACUUGGAGGCGAGAGAGUCCGAUUUUCGCGCGUUCAGGGAGGGGAAGAAGAGGAAGCUGGCCCUAGAGGAGGAGGAACUUGGCGCGAGGAGGGAGGAGCUUCUGAGUGGCGUCAGAAUGAAGGAGGAGGAGUUGGACGGGCAGCUGACGGCGUUGCGGGUGCAAAUCCAGCGGCUCGAGGCGGAGCAAAAGUCCAUGCAGCGGAAAACGUGCGAGAGGUUGAAGGAGAUUAAGGCUCAAGAAGCGAGUAUUAGUUUGGCCCGACAGUCGUUGGCCGAGAGGGAGAGGAAACUCCAGCAAAUUGUAGGAACCCUGGAUGAUCGGAUAUGCGCCGUGGAGGAAAGGGAGAGCGAGUUGAAUCGGGAUGUGGAUAGGAGGAUGAGAGAGGUGACGUUGAAAGAGGAACAGCUGAGCUUGAAAUGGCAGGAGUUUGUAAAGGAGGUUAGAUUGGCCGAUGAGAAGUUUAUGGAGCAAGAGACUGUAAAGAUUGGCCUUUGUGAGAGGCUGGGGUUGGCUGAGAAUAAGGUGGAGGGGUUUAUGGUCAAAAUUAAUGAGAGGUUCAAGGAGAUGGAAACUCGCGAGAGUGUGGUUUGGGAAUCGGUUGCAGAGAGUGUAAAACAUGCCGAUUUAAUUAGGGAACUACUGGAGAGAGAGGUGACGGAGUUUGAGGAGAUGAGGAGAGCAUUUUGUUCAUUCCAAGAGGAAAAAAUGCGCGAGUUGGUCCUGAAAGAGGAGCAACUGAACACGAUGAGUCGGGAACUCGCUAAGGAUGCCGAAUUGAGGAAUGAACAAUUGACUAAACAGGGGAGAUUAGGGAACCAGCUCUUGGAAAAGUUGGAGUUGAGCCAGGACAAAAUUGAGGACUUCAAAGAAAUUGUUGAUGAGAAGUUGAAAGAGACUGGUUCAAUGGACAUUGAGCUUAAAGAAUUGGAGAUGAAGGAUUUUGGGAUGAUGAAAAGAGAGUUUAUGUCAUUCCGAGAGGACAAAAUGCUUGGAUUGGUUUGGAUGGAGAACCAGUUGAAUGCCAUGAGUGAAGAGCUUGUUAAAGAUGCCAAGUUGAGGGACGAACAAUUGACUGAUCAAGAGAAGCUGGGGAAUCAGCUUCUGGAAAGAUUAGAGUCAAUGCAUCAUAAAGUUGAGGAUUUGAGAAACACCCUUCAAGAUAAGAUGAAAGAAGUUAGCUUAAAGGAAAUGGAGGUUAACUCAACUUGUCAUUGGGUUGAGCAGAAAAUGGAUGAGGUAGAUUCUAAAAGAAUGAAGCUGAGAGAGAAGAAGAAGAGCCUCUUGACAGAAGAGGAAAAAUUGAUUCAUAAGAAAAACAAACUUCGAGAAAACCAUGAGGAACUCAAAAUGGAGAGAAAGAAUCUCGAGUCCUGGCAAAGGGAACUUGAAGUUAAAUGGGGGGAAGUUAAUUCAGUUCGAGAAUCAAACAAAAAUCUUUCGCAAGUGCUUGAUCGCAGGGAAAAGGUCCUUGAUUCUGUGAAACAAUUUAUCCGUAAUUGUUUCAGGGAACAUCAAACCAUAAAGAAAAAAUUGCUCCUCGAAAAGGAUUUGGUCGAGAAGCGUGCUAGAGAUCUCGAUCUGAACGAUUCAGCAGACAUAAAGUUCAUCUUGAGAAUGGACGGAAAAACUCUGCAAAUGUUCCUAAACGACCCCGAAAAAGAUUUGGAAUCCAUGGGUGAUGAAGUUUUCAAAAUUCUCCAUUUAUCAUCCGAUCCUGCGAAGCUGGUUUUAGAUGCAAUGGUCGGUUUUUACCCUCCUCAUUUGAGGAAAGGAGACGUAGAGGUCAAUGUACGGAGAGCCUGCAUUAUUCUAUUAGAGCAGUUGUUUAGGAUGUCUAAGAAAAUUCAACCCUGCACCAGGAAAGAAGCAAUUGACCUUGCCAGCUCAUGGAAAUCGAAGAUUAGGGCGAACAGCGAAAACCCUUUGGCGGUGUUGGGAUUCUUGCAUUUGUUGGCUGCUUAUGAUGUGACUUCUUGUUUUGACAGGAAUGAGAUUCUUAGUUUCCUGAUGAUGGUUGAUAAGCAUAGACAAAGCCCCCAGUUGUAUCGCCUGCUUGGUUUCACUGAAGCUUUACAGGUUAUGCAUUUAGUAACAAUUGCCUUUUGUGUCAAGAAUAAAACCUGCUAA